GGCAACAUGUUGCUAACCGAAGUGACGUCAUCGUGACAUCACGCCGACUUCCUCCAUGGCUCCUCUUGGCCACUAAGCAAAUUAAUUUUUGAGCAGGUGACAUUUAGGUCACUGAAUGAGCAUCCAUUCCUUGCCCUCCCAGUCAAUAGAAUUUGACGUCUAUUGCCGUCAAUGGCACUGAAACACAUUCAUUCAUUGUCAGGCCUUCCAAUUGAAAAUUGAUUGGAUGUCAAUCACUGUCAAUGGCAACCAAUGAGUUGAAAUGGAUUUGAAUAUGGAUACACCCAUGCCACGGGUUGUUGGUCUAUUUUUACUCUGGAUGCACGUAUGCUGUAACUCCCCCCACCUACCUCCCCUAGAGAGGGACUGACCACUUUUGGUGCAAGCUGUCAACGACAAGUGCUAGCUAGCCCAAGUCAGGAGCGUGUGCCCGAUCACACCAGAUGCUUCUGAAAACAUCACAGAGCGAGCUAGACAGCAAUGGAUGCUUGAGGUCCGUCUGUACUACAUUCAUGCAAGGAGAGCUGAAGUGACUCACACUGGGACGCAAUGGAGGACCUGGUCCUGGAGUCCCGGGCAGAACGCAUCGCCCGCUACAAGGCAGCAAGGAGACAAGAGCUGGCUGAGCGUUUCGGACACACGGAUGAGUUUUUAGACUCCCGGCAGGCCGACAACGGAAGGGACGCACAAGACCCCGCUUCCCAAAAUGUCAACAGCAAGACAUACAGUGUUCCGAACGGAUCUGACAUUUCCAUGGGAACCACUUGCCAAAUAGGACAGGAUUCCCAGGAUGCAACGAGUAGGGGUGGGCAACUGGUGCAACAGCAGCAGCAGCUUCGCACUCGGGUGUCUGUGGGCCAGCUGAGGAGUGCUCUUAUGCAGCAGGCGGCAAAUGGAGCCGAUGCGGACAAAGUUAGUGCAGAAAAUGUGCCCCAAGCCGGGUCUUCUCUCGACCCAACGACAAAGCCUGUCUCAGAUGGGGCCCGUCGCCGCACCUGCCGUUACAUCGCCAGUGGAUUAGGAGGUGCCCGCAAGAACAACGAGCGCUUCCGGACACAGCCGAUCACAGCCAAUGAAAUGGAAGAGAGUGGCAGGCUGGAAGAGGCUGAGGGAGAGGAAACGUGUGAUGCUGACGAGAAAACGGAUGAAAGAGCGCAGAUGAGCGUGGCUGCCAAGAUGUCUUUAUUUAAAGAGAUGGAGAAGACGGCCGCCCCCGAAGCCUCGGCGUUCCUAAAGCCUCGUUCGGGAAGUGUCUGCCAUGAGCGCAGGCAGCGGCGAGGCAACGACCAUCGCUUCCUCACCCAGCCAAUCACCAGUGAGGAAAUGGUAGCCAUCAGCACCCUGCCGGACGCACCAGAGGAGAUGUGCCCGCCGCAGGAAGAGCAAGCGGAAACCGAUGACGAGGGCUGCAAGCUUAGCGUGAGCGAGAAGCUGGCUCUUUUCAACAAACUUUUCUUGCCCGAGGGGCCGGGUGCCGACGAAGCCCCCGAGAAGCGGAGGCAGAAGAACGCCCGCUACCGUACGCAGCCCAUCACGGUGGAUGAAGUCAGCUUGUUGCAGAAAGGCCCCGUGCAGCUCCCCAUCUUGUCUUUAGCCCCUCACCUGUGCGACAGACAGCAGGCCUCAUCAAACAACCUAAAGCCCAGCGAGCUGCGCCUCUCUUGCUCCAAACCCGACAUCAAUCCCGCAUCCUUCGAUCAGGGCAUGCAGCGCUGUGACUCGGAGCCCGGGAUCAUGGGGAGCCUGAGGAGGUGUCGCUCGGAGCGCACCAAGAGUUCCAAGGCGGAGCGCAAUGGCCCCGUUUCUCACAGAGACAUGCCAAAUGCGCGCACGGCUAGGCGGGAGGCCGUGGGGGAAGACCUUUGGGCAGCCGCCCCAUGGAGACAGAGGACACGUGGCCGGCGGGAAACCAAUGCCUAUAUGCCGCCGACGACCCACGCGAUGUUGAAACACACUAGCAGGCACCAUAAUGAAGACGCUUCUACAUCAGCAUGUCUUCAGGUUGCUCCCGUGAAUAGCGACACUCAAGUUCACCACAUGAUCAAUGGUACUACUAGUAAGGGCGAAAAAUCUCGUACAGACGGAAUGAAGCCUCAGUGUUGGGAGCCUGUCUAUGCAUCGGUCUUUUCCAGCAGUACACCUCAGUAUGUCAUGUGCUUCAACAAGAACAAUCAGUCCUUCGAGGCUCAGGAGGUGACAUCUCCGACAGACAACCAGAGUCCUCUUCAGAGUAAACAGAAGUCCGUUGUAGAUGAGGAAGACAUACAUGUGUGUUCUAAGUCGAUAAAGGUGGAAGAAACAGCAACUGCCGAAUGUUCACAAUUAGUCGGCAAAACCAACUGUCAUAACAACAGUCAAUCUACUGAAGCGCCAACCUGCUCAUUUGAAGCAGUUUACCAAGAAGAAUCGACACCUGAGAAUGGUUUGUACACCUGCCCACCCUGUGGAGCUCCCUCAAAUUCGCGACAAAACCUGGAUCUUUUCUGCCAGACCAACAGCCCCAUGCUCACAUCUGCAGUGGCAGAACACCGGCGUUCUGUGCGCCCGUCCCGGCGUACUCAGGGAUCCCGAAAUCCUCUCCGGGCUUUGGCGGCCCGCGAGGAUGUCAUGCAGGACUUUAUGGGGCUCAACGCAGCUGCCGAGGAGAGGAUCCAAACUGAGAAGAAUUCUAAGAAUUCGUCCAAAUCAAAUUCUGUCAGCUCCUCUCCGGAUCCUCAGGAGUGUCAUCCACCCUUCACUAGCCCCAUGUUGCUAUUUAUCAAAGGAAGGCAGCACGUGCAGGUCCGCCUGGCCCGGCCCUCGGCCAGCUCCUUAAACAGUGGGGGCUGCUACCUGCUGGUGACUACAGACAACUGCAUCCUGUGGAAUGGACAGUCGGCCAAUGACACAGAAAAAGCCAAAGCCCUAGAUUUGGCAUCUUUCAUUCAAAGCCACAAGGACCUGGGCUGCAAUGCUACCGGUGUCAUCCACUUGGAAGAGGGGCUCAACUCUGACAGUAGCCUGGCCACAGACUUCUGGAGCAUUCUGGGAGGAAAGACUCCUUACCCAGAAGCUGGUGCAGCAGUGGAGGAUGAGCUUUACGAGCGUGGCAUUGUGGAGUCCAACUGUGUAUACAAGAUGCUGGACAACAGACUGGUGCCCCAUGAACAAGGCUGGGCCUCCAUGCCGAGCGUCUCCAUGCUGGAUUCCAAUGAGGCACUGGUGUUUGACUUUGGCGGCGAGGUCUAUCUGUGGCUGGGAAAGGACGUGCCAGCCGAACGUCAGAAGAUGGCGCUUCAGAUGAGUCGGCAGGUGUGGCUCGGAGCCUACGAUUACAGGAACUGCCGUGUCAAUCCGAUGGAUCCCACGCAGCCAGCUGCCGACACGCAGUUGAUGGGUGAGGGGCGUCCCAACUGGGCUCUCUUCGGUGUCAUCACGGAAAGCAACGAGACUGUUCUGUUCAAAGAAAAAUUUGUGGAUUGGACUGAAAACGAGACCAAGUCCCCCUCAUUGACGAAAUCAUGUGACCUCCCGAAGCCUUCCGACACCAACACUUCCUUGUCAAGCGAGGCGGCAGCAGACGGAUCCACCUGUAGCACGAUGGCCAACUCGGGCACAUCGGACCUGAGGACUGUGGGAUUGGACACGUGGCACGUCCAUGAGUUGGAUGAUGGCGAGGCACCCCUGGAGAGCGUGGGACAACUACACGAGGGGGACUCGUACGUGGUCCGCUGGACUUAUAACGCCGGGGACCAAUGUGAACACAGCACGGCUAUUUUCCUGUGGCAUGGACUUAACUCCAACAUGAUUGGACAGGACACUGCUGCUUUUCUUUCCACUGGGAAGAAUAUUAAUCAAGAAUCACAGGUUGUGGUUGAUGAAGGAAAGGAGCCUCUUUCUUUCCUUCAGCUUUUCAAGGGAGGUCUGGUUAUUCAUAAAGGCCGCAGAGAAGCCUCGUCUUCUCAUACAGCAGAGCAAGCAGACAAGUGGCGCCUGUUUUGUGUCAGAGGGGAGCAUCCCGAUGCGGGCUCAUUGCUGGAAGUGGAAUGCUGCUGUGCCUCUCUGCGCUCCAGGGGCUCGAUGGUCCUGAUUAACGGCCAGCAGGCGGCGCUUUAUCUCUGGAAUGGAUGUAAAGCUCUUGUUAGGUGCAGGGAGGUGGCCAACAGAGUCGUAGAGCAACUCACUAAAGGGUGUCCGCAAGAACUGGGUCUGAGUAAAAGCAGUCUAGUGAAGAGCCAGGCUGUAGAGGAAGGUUCAGAGCCCACUGACUUCUGGGCGGCACUUGGACACAUGGACAGGGAAGCCUAUGACUGCAUGCUACAAGAUCCAUAUAAAUAUAACUUCACACCACGCCUCUUUCACCUGAGCGCCUCCUCCGGUGAAUUCCGGGCUGACGAGCUGUACAGUCCAUCGAGCCUGCCGGGCAUUGUGGCUGCGAUGCCCUUCAUCCAGGAGAGCCUGUAUGCUGCACCCCCUCCAGCCCUGUUCCUUCUUGACAACCGCUUUGAAGUUUACCUGUGGCAGCGUAACCCAGAAGAUGAGCAGGCGGACGGCUGUCACGGCGAGAGAAAGCGCGCCAUGGAGAUGACGCUGCAAUACUGCAAAGAUGUCAACCCGAGACGCCCACCACACGCCUACCUCUUCUUGGGGGGCUCUGAACCUUUGACCUUCACUAAUGUGUUCCCUCGCUGGGAGAGGACGCAGGCAGCCCUCACACAGGGCAAGCUGACCACGGUGCAGGACGCCCUGGACCAGCUCACCAUGACAAAACCAGGAUCAAAACAAACCAUCUUACCCGACAGAGUGGACUCGCAAGGCCCAGAAGACCACCUGUCAGCCCACAAGUUCCAGAUUCCGUCUUCCCAGCCUGGUGCAGGUCUACAAUUUUGUCUCUGGUGUCCUUCGACAGCUCCUUUGGUCUUGGCAGUCGUGGAGUUUGGAGUGUGACUGACUGAGGUUGUGGACAGGUGUCUUUUAUACCGAUAAUGAGUUAAAGGUGCCAUUAAUACAGGUAAGGAGUGGAGCCACGUUAGACCUAGAAGACGUUAGACCUCUUUGACAGCCAGAAAUCUUGCUUGUUUGUAGGUGACCAAAUACUUAUUUUCCACUCUGAUUUGGAAAUAAAUUCUUUAA